AUGGACAUGUCAGAUGACUCGGAAUCGUUUGUAGCAUCGAUAGCAUGCGCACUCAAAUCUUCCCAAAUUCCCGGCGUUCUAUGGGGCCAGCAUCUACUCAAUGUUCACGGCAUACCUUCGAUCAUCUCAUCGGUUGAUUUCGUCGUUCCAGACGAGUUUUUGACGGCCGGAAUCGAUGCUAUCGGCAGGAUAGAUACCCUCAGACCGUGUCCUCACCCAGAAACUUGCCCAACAAGCUCACAAGAAAGACACACGCCUCCGCCCGCCCAUCACUUUCACAUCGACCAAUCAGAAAUCACGGUUGGUAUCUAUCUUUAUUCGGAGACUCUUUGGUUCUUACCACCUCUGGACAGCAAUCUAUUGUGCCCAGACAAACUCCCGCCUCAAUUCGUCCUCGCCUCCGAUGACAGCGCUCUCCCUUCUUGGAGACCGGGUCAUGGUUCAGGCGUCUUCAAGUCAUCAAAAGAACCAGUGGUGGUCCCCAAAGCUCACGUUCUCUUGGAAGCAUUCCUGCGCAUUUAUGCACGCGACUCGUCAACGCGUGUAGGGGCUUUCGCGAUGCCAAUGAUAGGCUACGUGGAACAGUACAUCGAUGACAACGGACUCCUUGACGUAGAAGAGCUCCCGGAGCCACUUAAAUCUUCCUACAAAGAUCUGAGGCAGGGGGUAAAGCCGGUACGACAAUGGACAAAAGAGCUAAAACAAGCCCUUGAGCUGCCCGAAGAAGAGUCAGAAUCCGACGAGGACAGUGAUGAGGAAAGCGAUUCUUAG